UGACCAGCAUCACCCACACAAAUCUUCUGUUUGAGAUCUUUGCACUAAAUCAGUGAAUUUAUGCAAAUUCUCUUCUGUGCAACUUUUUGCCGACCAAUCUAUUUCCACUUGCUACACUACACGUAAACCUCAUGACUUCAUGACUCCCUUCAUCCUGCGCAACUGUUAUGCUGUUAUCAGUCACCACUCACCUAGCUCAGUUAGUGGAGCAUCGGACUCCCGGUAGUGAGGGCCCGGGAUUGAGUCGCUCCGGCACCCAACAUUUGAGACUCUUGCUGGGGAUGGUCUGCAGUUGGUGGGAGCAGCCGCAGCCAGUUGAAGGCAAGGUGGGCUGGAAGACCCCGCGGACGGUGCAGUACCAGCCGAAGGAGAUUAAGAAGAAGCACUACCGGUUCACAAUGAACCGUCCUUGGACGGACGAGUUCGCCCGCCAGAACCAGGUGUCCAGGAAGAAGGUGUACGUGAAGCCCAUCCCGAAAUGGAGCUACUUCCGCGGCGACAUGGUGGAGGUGCUGGUCGGGAAGGACAAGGGCAAACAGGGCACCGUCAGCCAGGUGAUCGAGGAGCGCAACUGGGUGGUGGUCGAGGGCCUCAACGCCCACUACCGGCUGGUGGGUAAGACGGCCCAGUACCCGGGCACCAUGAUCGCCUCCGAGGCGCCGCUGCUCGUCGACGACCAGGUGGCGCUGCUCGAUCCCGCCGACAACAAGCCGUGCACUAUCGAGUGGCGCUACAACGAGUCGGGGGAGCGGGUUCGCGUCUCCACCCGGUCCGGCCGUAUCAUCCCGACUCCCACCCAGGCCGAGGAGACCUACGACUACAAGACGGCGGCCACCUACCGCGAGAGUGAGCGAGAUACCAAGGAGGACGAUCUCACCAUCAUCUCCUUCAAACCCCAGCUGAGCACGUUCGAAAUGGAUGUGGCAGAGAGUAUGGGCAUUGAGCUGGGCCCCCCGCCGUCCGAAACUCACUGGUAUUAGUUGGUGGGCGAUCAGGGACGCUCGGGUUUGUGUGUGUGUGUGCGUGUGAGGGUGCGGAUGUGUGGGUGAGGAACUGGUCUCUGUUUGGGCGUGGGUGGUUGUAGUAGUUACUGCUCAGAGUUGGAAUCAUGUGAGCAAUUUUGCCGUUAUGAUGAUGUCUGUGUCACUGAUGAAUGCAAUAUAGUGUCGUCUAUUUGUAA